CAUGACGUCGCCCGCUACCGUCCAGAAGAUCGAGAAGGAACUCCAGAAAGAGGCUCAGACAGAAGAGAAAAGACUCCAACACGCCGUCAAAGACCUGAACGCGGUUGGGAAGUCGGAGACGAAGGCUGCCAAGGCAGAGUCCAAAGCCGAGAAAUCCAUGCACAAAUCGGAAAAGAAAGAAGCGGAUGCUGCCAAGCUGCUCCACAAGGCUACCCACAACCACGACGUCGCCGUAUCAGGCCUUCACAGCUCCGAAGCCGACCUCCAGACAAGACAGCAACAAGUCUCCAGAGCCAAGCAGCAUUCCGUUUCGGUCCGCCAGCACGUCGAUCAGCUCGCCGCCGAGAAGGACGAAAACGCCCGUCUUCGGGACAGCAAACUGCAAGAUCUCCGUUCGUCUACUCAGACUGAGGACACAACCAACACGCAUAUAUCCUCUCCUGCAGGCGCGAUGCCCAGUCGCAACAAUGACUUCCACUAAUGCUUGUUCGGACCUCGAACACUUCACAAGCACGCACACACAUUUGUUUUUUACGUCCUGCUAUCGGAUUCUCCUCCUUAGGCACCAUAAUGCUUCCGUAUUGUAGCUUUACCUCGCAAUGUAUCAUACUCAUACGUACUUUCUCAAAUUGUCGUUAUACACUGGCAUCUAUAAAUAUAAUGAGC